AUGCUUCAAGCGUGUCGUAGCGUGGACGAGUUUGAGAGAUUGAACAAGAUCGAUGAAGGCACGUAUGGAAUAGUCUUCAAAGCGCGGGAUAAGAAAACGGGAGAGGUGGCGGCGUUGAAGAGGGUGAAAAUGGACGAGGCGACGGAUGGAUUCCCUCUUACUGCUCUUAGAGAAGUCAACAUACUGCUAUCGUUGGAUCAUCCGAGCAUUGUGAACGUCAACGAGGUAGUCGUCGGCUCAAAGUUAAACUUUGUAUUCAUGGUGAUGGAAUACGUUGAAAAUGAUUUGAAAGGUCUCAUGGAUCAGAUGGCGCAGUCGUCUUCGCCCAAAUUUACGAUUCCCGAGACAAAGGCGUUAAUGCUACAGCUUCUGAGUGGGAUGUCGUAUUUGCACGAAAAUUGGAUCAUGCAUCGUGACUUGAAAAUGUCUAACAUUCUCGUCACGAACUCGGGCGAUUUGAAAAUAUGCGACUUCGGUCUGGCAAGACAAUUUGGUGGAGUCGGUAGAUACACGCAACUAGUCGUUACGCUUUGGUAUCGUGCACCGGAGUUGCUAUUGGGAUCGACAACUUACGGUCCAGCCAUUGAUGUCUGGAGUCUAGGCUGCAUCUUCGGCGAAUUACUCGCCGGAAGUCCUCUGUUCAAUGGUCGUGCGGAAAUCGAUCAGCUACAAAAGAUUUUUAAGCUUCUCGGCACGCCAAACGAUAAGAUAUGGCCGGAGUUUAGCUCACUCCCGAGUGUGCAAAAAGUCACGUUCGCCGAGCAACCUUACAACAAGUUGCGUCAGAAAUUCCCGCAGGCGUCGACUGGUUUGAGCGAUAAAGGAUACGAGUUGCUCAACCAUCUGUUGACGUACGAUCCCGCAAGGCGCCUCACUUGCUCUGAAGCGCUGAAUGAUGCUUUUUUCGAGGAGUAUCCGCCUCCACAACGACCCGUAUUCAUGAACUCAAAGUAG